UAGAAUUUCAAAGUUAGACUCUAUCAUGUGAUCGAUGAUCGAUUUUAUUUUAGUUCCAGAAAAGAUGGCGGACCGGACGCCUGGCUCUCAAAAAGCUAGCGCUAAGGCGCUGCUUGAGAGCAAACUCAAGUCUUUCAGCAUUGGUAAAAUGGCAGUGGCCAAAAGGACUUUAAGCAAGAAAGAACAAGAUGAAAUAAAGAAAAAGGAAGAUGAGCGAGCUGCAGCAGAGAUUUAUGAGGAGUUUCUUGCUGCUUUUGAAGGAGGAGGAGAUGGCAAAGUCAAGGCCUUUGUGCGUGGGGGCGUUGCAAAUGCAACAAAAGAGGAAGCAGCGUCUGAUGAGAAAAAAGGAAAGUUAUACAAGCCCAAGUCUCGUUUUGAAUCCCAGAGUAAAAGCAUCCUGCCUUUGGAGACCCCUCCUCAAUUUUUAGCGUUAGACAAGAAAAAUACAUUGAAGAAAAGCUCUGAAAAGGAGAAGAAGAAAAGCAACUUAGAGCUCUUUAAAGAAGAACUUAAGCAAAUCCAGGAAGAAAGGGAUGAAAGGCACAAAAUGAAAGGACGAGUUAGUCGUUUUGAACCUCUCCCAGGAAUGGAGGGAAGACGCUCAUCGGAUGGUUCUUCAAGAAGAAACCGUCCGUCCAGUGUUUUGGACGACUCUGCACCAGGUUCCCAUGAUGUUGGAGACCCGUCCACCACUAACUUGUAUCUUGGAAAUAUCAAUCCACAGAUGAAUGAGGAGAUGUUGUGUCAAGAGUUUGGUCGCUAUGGCCCCCUGGCCAGUGUGAAAAUCAUGUGGCCGAGGACAGAUGAGGAGAGGGCUCGGGAGCGGAACUGUGGCUUUGUGGCUUUCAUGAACAGGAGGGAUGCUGAGCGAGCGCUCAAGAACCUAAACGGAAAGAUGAUCAUGAACUUUGAGAUGAAAUUAGGAUGGGGCAAAGGUGUGCCCAUUCCACCCCAUCCCAUCUACAUCCCUCCUUCCAUGAUGGAGCAUACACUCCCACCUCCUCCCUCUGGCCUGCCCUUCAACGCACAGCCCCGGGAGAGGCUAAAGAACCCCAGUGCCCCCCUACUUCCUCCACCCAAAAACAAGGAGGAGUUUGAGAAGACUCUGUCGCAAGCCAUAGUCAAAGUGGUUAUCCCAACAGAAAGGAAUUUGCUCUCUCUCAUCCACCGCAUGAUCGAGUUUGUGGUGCGUGAAGGCCCAAUGUUUGAAGCCAUGAUCAUGAACAGAGAAAUCAACAACCCCAUGUACAGAUUUUUGUUUGAGAACCAGAGCCCAGCGCACGUUUAUUACCGGUGGAAGCUCUACACUAUUCUACAGGGAGAAUCACCAGCCAAGUGGAGAACAGAGGACUUCAGGAUGUUCAAAAAUGGCUCCCUGUGGCGCCCGCCCCCUCUUAAUCCAUACCUCCACGGCCCGUACGAUGAUGGUGACGAAGAGGAGGAAGAAGAAGAGGGAAACAAGAAAGGCUGCUUGAAAGAGGAUGAGCGGGACAAACUGGAAGAGAUGCUUCGGGGUUUGACCCCCAGGAGGGGGGACAUCGCAGAAGCCAUGCUGUUCUGUCUGAGCCACGCUGAGGCGGCCGAGGAGAUCGUGGAGUGUAUUACAGAGUCUCUCUCCAUUCUAAAGACACCUCUGCCAAAGAAGAUAGCACGGUUAUAUCUGGUUUCUGAUGUACUGUACAACUCUUCUGCUAAAGUGUCCAAUGCGUCGUACUACAGGAAAUAUUUUGAGACGAAGCUCUGCCAGAUUUUUUCUGACCUCAACUCCACAUAUAAGACGAUACAAGGCCAUCUUCAGAGUGAGAACUUCAAGCAACGGGUGAUGGCUUGUUUCCGGGCGUGGGAGGACUGGGCCGUGUACCCAGACCCCUUCCUCAUCAAGCUGCAGAACAUCUUCCUGGGGCUUGUUAAUCUCUCCGCAGAAAAAGAGCCUCCGAGCGUUGUAGUGGAGGUAAAUGAUCCCGAGCCAACGGAGGACAUUGAUGGGGCCCCCAUAGGGGAAUACGUGGACAGUGCUCUGCUGGAGGAUGUGGACGGAGUGCCCAUCGACGCAGGUCCCAUCGAUGGGGCGCCCAUCGACGGAGCCCCUCUGGAUGACCUAGAUGGCAUUCCUAUCAAAGCUAUGGAAGAAGACAUAGACGGAAUACCUUUCGAUCAGUCCAAAGAAGCAACGUUCAAGGUAGCUCCCUCAAAAUGGGAAGCAGUGGAUGAGGCAGAGCUGGAGGCUCAGGCUGUUACAACAUCAAAAUGGGAGAUAUUCGAACAACCAGAAGAAAGGAAAAAGCUUGAGGACAGCGAUGAUGACGACAGGAGCCCUAACUCGGAGUAUAACCAGGGCUACUCAAACCCCAGCAGAGAUGACUCUGAUGUUAAGGCCAAGAUGUCUGAGAUGAAUGAGGAGAAACGCACCAAGCUCAGAGAGAUUGAGGUUAAAGUAAUGAAGUUCCAGGAUGAGCUGGAAUUGGGGAAAAGGCCCAAAAAGCCUGGUCAGAGUAUUCUGGAGCAGGUGGAGCACUACAGGGACAAACUACUACAAAAGGAAAAAGAAAAGGAAAAACUUGAACGGGAGAAAGAGAAGGAGAAAAAGGAGAAGGAGAAAGCCGAGGCCCGGUUAAAAGAACUGAAAAAGGAGAAAGAGAAGGAUGACACACCAACCAGGAAGGAAAGGAAGCGGCACCACAGUGGAUCUCCCAGUCCCACCCGGAGCAGCAGCAGGCGAGGCCGGUCGUCAUCACCACGCUCAGAAAGAUCAGAACGCUCCGACCGGUCCUAUUCUAAAGACACAUCCUCACGCUCCUCCCAUAAAGACUCUCCUCGGUCCAGCAACAAAAAGUCAUCCAAGAGAUCUCCCUCAUCACCUCGCACACCUAAACGAUCCAGGAGAUCACGCUCCAGAUCUCCCAAGAAAUCAACCAAGAAGUCCCGCUCCAGAUCCAGAUCUCCACAUCGAUCUCACAAAAAAUCAAAGAAGAGUAAACACUGACGUCUUCACCGCCGACUCUCAGACCAGCCUCUCCGAUUCUCCCCUUCUCUGUAUAAAGGAUAGACUGAUUUGGCAGCUGGAGAUCUACGCCCCAACGUGGAUGUAAGGACAAUGACGAGGGGAGGGUGCUGCAUGGGUUACCAUCCGCUGUAUCAAAAUAGAUGGGGCCACUGCUGUUGUAUAUUGUAAAAGAAGAAAAGAAAACAAUGUGUUUGUGUGUCCUAAUCCCCCGUCACCUCCCUAUGGAAUUCAUCCAUGCGGUAGACCACACCUGUACUGAGUGUGAUAAGUCUUACAUUCAUGCUGUCAUUUUCUGUUUUUGUAGUUCACAUUAAAGAAUUCCUAAUAAACACGUUUCAUUUUUAUUAAACGGCUGAGCAGAGGGAGUUACUCUAACCUGAAUAUGAUAUGAUUUAAACCAUGCUUACAAACUUGAUGUACCGAAUCUUGGUAGAUUUAACACUGAAAAAUCUAUUCAUGAUUUUUUAAUUGCGUUAGAAUGUUAAACACU